UGUUUCGUAUGUGAUGUAAUCCUGUCUGCCUCUGUUGGUUGACCCAUUCACCUCACGAACCUCUGACUUUUCUAAUCAAUGCCAUGCUACCAUCAUCCUAACCCACAUGACAGUUACGUGACACUGACACGCGUGUUAGCACCCUAACCCUUUAAAAAGACCUGUUUUUCAAAUGGAGCAUAUUCAGAUUCCAAAGAGGACUAACAGUAAGGCUAUCCUACAAUAGAGGACUUUCGUCAAAAUGCACAUAAUAUCCUGGCUGGUGGCAUCUACUGCGCUCCUGGGAAUCACGAUGGUGGUGACAGACCCAAUGCAUGCUGAGUGUAAAGUCAUUUGGCUGUUUGGGACGCCCUGCCGUGAGGUGUCUGUGAGCCUAGUGAGUCAGAUUAAAGCCUGGAAGAGUAAGGACAAUUGUGAGACUGGUGGUGAGAGGUGCCUGUAUGAGCUGCAGUACACUUCUACAUUCUUCGUCAAAGCGUUGCACACUUCCCGUCUGACCCAGAUGGUGGAAGAGCUGAGUUUCACCCUCUACCCCUCAGAGACCUCUAGUGCAUGCCGAGUUGUGGGAGUAUCAAUCUCUGAAAACUGGUCCAUGCUUGAUGAUAAUGGAACAAACUACUGCACACUCUUUAACCUAAUGGAUGGAAGUGGACUAACCCAGGUAGAAGGCUAUAAAGAGUACACCAAUGAGUGGAUCUGCCUGGAACAUUCCACUGCAAACUGUACCAUCUACUGAUCAGACUGGCAGAUAGUCUCUAUUUCAGAAGAUUAUGUUUCACAUAUUCACACAGUCAAUGAACAUUACAUACAGUUUGUAGACUAGUAGCCUAAGUCAUAUAGUUUAAUUUUUCUGUAGGUAAAAACCCUUGUAUACUGCUUUAAUGAUACAAUUCAGGUCCUGUUGUGUAUUAAUACUCUAUUGAAUUUCCUGAGUUUAUGUACACCAGGAUUUUGAGGAAGUUUGCACUUCAUUAUUUUAGUGUACUUACUGGUACAAAUUAGAUUGCCAUAAAUAAAAACAUGAUUUUAAAGGCCUAUCAUUUCCUUGAUAUAUGGUUGCAUAUGUAAUCUAUUUUCUAGGUGAAAUAUGUUAGCCUACUCCUGUUUGUUUUGUAAAAGCAAAAUUUAAACCAGGGUGUCUGGUUUCCCAGUUACUGUUUUUUUUAGUAUUUUGUCAGCUGAAUUUCAUUAGUAGCACACGUUUUAUGAGUUCUAUGAUACACUACAUGUUCAGUUCCCUUAUCCUUACACGAAACUUUUACAUACAUAUAUAACAAUUGAUUUUAUACACAUAUCAUAAAAAUAUUUACACAAGUGAUUUAAAGCAUUUCUUCCAUAGUGCCCUAUGCUGUAUACCAUAAAUGUACUAUUCCUGGGGAGAAUACUGAUGUGUAAUAUGAUGUGUAAUAUGUAGUUUUUAAUCAUUAAAAAAAAUGUUUAUCAACUAACUAUACUGAUAUCAUUCUCCAAAGGAGAGGAAACUAUUAUGUUUUACAAUAUUUAAGUGCAUUAUUAUACAUCUCGGUUCUUUGCUUGCAGUGUAUUCAGUGCAUUUAUUUACAUUUAUUUUCAGAGCCAGAAAAUGUAAACAAAUGCACUGAAAGGCUGAAAUUAGAGAAACAGAAUGCACAUUAACACUGGGGAAAUCUUCAGAAUUACAGUAGCCUACAUGGCUUUUACUUAUUACAGAUACGUCUACAAACAUUUUUACCACAAAAGUUACAUACCUUUACAUAACUCCAGAAUAACCCUUUAAAAACCGU